GCGAAGCUUAUGCAAGUUGGGAAGGAGAAAAGUCGCGAUGGUAAUAAGUGUACGUGCAUAUUGUACAGAAGCGCGUGUGUUUGGAUGUUCGCAGGACUUGGAGUUAUGCAUUUCCCUGGGGCUGAGCCUGCAAUAUCUCCGUAUGACGGUGGUUUGUUGGCUGGCCGCGAUGUGCCAUCAUCUUUACGCGACCGUCGCCUCGAUCCCGCGCCGCGACGAUCCGCCGACCUACCUCAAGUACAGCCUCUUCGCCUGGGGUGCUCCUUUUAUCAACCUAGCCGUCGCCGUUUUCCUACAGAUACGCGAGGCCAACGACAUCUGGAACACCGCCGAUCUCACGCCCUUCAAUUGCUGGUUUCUAGGAACAAAGGCAACGAUAUACGCAUACGGUCUGCCGGUGAUUCUGCUGUUUCUUUCCGCGUUCUACUAUUUAAUUAAAGCUGCAAUCGUAUCCAGGUACACUUGCAGUAUGCAGCUAGAGGUCAAGCAACGGGAGAAGAUGAAAAGGAGGAGAGCGUUACAGAUGUUUCUAUUUUUAAAAGUGUGCAUAAUAGUGGGUCUGGUCGCUGGCUGCGGGGUCGCUUCCAGGGUGUGGAAAGUCCCGUUCCUCUGGGCCGUGUUCUGCACCGGCCAUUCCCUGCAGCAAGGGGAAAAGUAUUCCCGCAACUCUGACUCGGUUUUACCUCUGCGAAACCGAUCCGACUGUUUGACUUUCGUUUUAUCGAGAUCGUUGAUUCAUACGGUGAGAAGGUGUAACUCGGAUGGAACGAGACCAAUCGAAUGUUUGGAAACUGAAGGCGCGAUAAACUGCUGGCGCGAGACCUCGUUCUCCGAACGGGAAACUCGCAACUUCCCACCGACCGGACUAGCUGUAGCGUUGUCCGUUGCGUGCAACUGCAGAGUUCUGAAGGUGUACGCGAGGAAGUCGUACAAGCAGCCGAAGCAGCAGAUCGCACACUCGAGCAGCAGCAUGCAGUUGCUGGCACCUGCGCCAGACCCGGUCUAGGUGUCUCGCACACGGACGGACCUACCACUAUGCACCGGACUAUGGGAAAUAGUCCAACCGUCGUGGCCACGAUUACUUUUUUCCUUUCUGUUUUUUGUACAUACAUACAUAGCUAUCUAAACGGAUCUCUGGAUACAUUUACCCUUCGACGCAUACGAGAACCUCCCCAUAUCAUAUGCCGCACCGAAAUUCUCUGCGAACUUAAAAAGAAAUCCGAGUCGCAGGGAAUUGCGCGUGGAACGUCGAAACCCUCAAGUUAAGAUUUUCCGAUUCGCUUCCAAGUCAUCGAAGAGGAGAAAUAUUGUACAUAUAUCGGCAAGUACUGUGGAGCGAAAGAUUUAUUAAAUUACCGAAGAUGAACGGAAGGAAUCUCGAUAACGGAAGGAAGUGUAGGUAGUCACGGUUUACUUUAAAUUAGCUUGCUGCGCUGGCCGUGUUCAACCUUGAGAUAAAAAUUUCGAAGACACAGAAGCCUGAAAUGAUAUUCGCGAAAAACAUAAACAGAUAACAUUGAGGUAGCUGCACAUAUCAUCGCUAAUACACUAGGUAUUUACAUGAUCCAAAAAGGAAGCUUCCACAUAUCCAAAAUUGUUCCCCUUAUGCUAGACCAAAGCACCAAUUAAAUACUUUUAUCCUUGAUCCCUUGCCAAAAAGAAUCAUUUUAUUUACAGACAAUUCACUAAUAAAUUGAUGUAAUCAUACACGUACAAAUCUGCGCAGAAACGAUAGGUUCUAUCUAUAUUAUUAAUUUAGGAAUAGAUAAAUACAAUAAUAGAUCUAAUAUAAGGGAAGCUUACGUUUGAUUUGGAGACGAUGGUACCGAUAACAGACAAAAAAGGACUACUGUUCCCUUUAGAACCAGAAAGAAAGAACUGUUCCUCCUAUGCUAGGCAAUAACAUUAAUUAUACACUUUUAUCUUUGAUCCUUCACCAAAAAGAGAACAGAGUUUAUUUUACUUACGCAGCAUUCACUAAGAAAUUUAUGUGAACAUACAAGUACAAAUCUGCACAGAGAUAAGUUCUAUCUAUACGAUUAAUUUAACAAUAGAUAAAUGAAAUGGAACUAUAGGUCUAAUAUAAGGGGAAGCUUGUAUUUGAUUUUGAGACGACCGUGCUGAUAAUUGAAGAAAGAACUCCUAUUCCUCUUAUCCUAGAUCAGAGAUUACCAAUUCUUUUCUUCAUCGCCCCCCUUACAUUUUUUUCUGUAAUAUACAGCAUACAUAAUCGAAAUACAAAUAAUUUCUCAGAAGGGCGGCUACCAGAUAGCUGGUAUUCUGUUUGUAGAUUUAUCUAAUUAUGUUAUUGUGUUUUAUAUUAGACUUAUUGCACAAAAAGUGUAUAUAUUUUAGAAAAAUGACAAAAUUCGUCUUUAAAGUAUAUUAAAUGAUUUUAAUGUAUUUUUCCUUUAUAUUUAUUUCAUACGUUUUGUUCCUUACUGCAUGAUAUAGCUUUAUAUCAAUAAACAAUCUAUUAUCAAUUUUAUAAUACAUUUGCUUUUUAACCAAUGGAAUCUGUAUUCUGAUUAUCACGAUCAGUUCCAGGUGCAUAUCCGGCUAUCAACCUACAAUCGACCCCUUGAUCAUCAUUGACCCCGUUUAAAAUUUCAUCGAUCUUCAGAGUAUAUCGACCCCAUUGGAAACCUCUGAACUAAACUAAUUAAUUAAACACUUUUCGUUUAUCCUUGAUCUCUUGUCAAAAGAUUAAACUUUAGUUUAAAUAUGCAGCAUUCAUUAAUAAAUUGAUGUGAAGAUACAAGUACAAAUCUGCACAGAGACGAUAGGUUCUAUCUAUAUGAUUAUUUUAGCAAUAAGUAUAUGAAAUGGUAAAUCUAGUAUAAGGGGAAGCUUGCGUUCGAUUUGGGGACGAUGGUGCCGAUAUCGUUGCAGAGAGGCUGCAUAAUUGGUAAGCCGGAAUGAAACAGAAACGGAAACGAAUGGUGUACUAUCGAUCUUGUGUGAAAGGAAUUUGGACACGACCGCGGGUUUGCGGUCGACAUUCCUCAACGCAAUUAACACUCGGUAAUGACCCAUGCGAUCUCUAGCGCACGCGUAACCACUCACUCGAAUAAACUGUAAAUCUAAGCGCAUGUAAUUACGACGAAAUAAAUAUUUUCAAUUCAUCAGA